UUUAUGAAUCUUCAGGCCGCGCCACCGUGCCUCCUCUCCACAAGCCACACCGUCUGUAGAGAAAUGGUGUAAUAUGGCUGAGUUACAUAAACUCGAUUGGGCGGAGGAGAAGAGAAGGCAGGAGAAGAUAACAUAUUAACAUGACAGCUAUUUCAGACCUCCUUCAUAAACUCGAUUGGGCGGAGGAGAAGAGAAGACAGGAGAAGAUAACAUAUUAACAUGACAGCUAUUUCAGACCUCCUUCAAUCGUACCGUUCCUCCAUUUUAAACCUCAAUCCCAAUCAAUACCUUUGUUUUUCUCGUUUCGCGACCAUCUCAUCCGGCAGCCUCCGCCAUGACCGACCCCAAGAGCUAUUGACGAAUCCAACAGUACUCACGCAGUUCCCAGAGGAGGAACAUGAAGACCCAGUUCCACCCUUCUCAAACUCCCAAAAGGAAAGACAAAGAAGAGCAAUUUCUCUCAUUAAGUUUUGCUCCCACAAGACCCAUUUGCUUCAAAUCCACGCCUACCUUGUCCGUACAUCCCUCAUUCAAGACUCCACCGCCUCGUCGGCCUUCUUGUCCCGCUCCGCGUUUCCGCCGCUGCGUGAUAUGACUUAUUCCCGCCAAAUUUUCUCACAGAUCUCCGAUCCUUCUGUUUCUCAAUACAACGCCAUGAUCAGAGGUUACUCUAUGAGUGAUUCUCCGGAGGAGGGGGUUCACGUGUACCAACUGAUGCGACGUCGAGGUGUUCGUCCGAAUCCCCUGUCCUCUACUUUCGUUAUCAAGUCGUGCAUUAGACUUCUUUCAUUAAGAGGGGGAACACAGAUUCAUGCAAGGAUUUUAAGAGAUGGGCAUAUGUCUGAUAGCAUUUUGCUCACUUCGUUGAUGGAUUUGUAUUCCUCCUGUAAGAAAGGUUACGAAGCAUGCAAUAUGUUCGAGGAAAUGCCUCGGAGAGAUGCUGUUGCUUGGAAUGUCUUGAUUUCGUGCUACAUGAAUAACGGUAGAAUCCGGGAUGCUUUGGACUUGUUUGAUAUUAUGCAGAGUCCGUCGUAUAGGACUAAACCUGAUGACGUUUCCUGUUUGCUUCUCCUUCAGGCCUCUGCCCACUUGGUUGCGUUGGAAUUUGGUGAAAAAGUACAUAAUUAUGUGGAAGAACAGGGCUAUGGUGAUGCUCUAAAUAUAUGUAAUUCUCUGAUUUUAAUGUAUUCGCGAUGUGGGUGUUUACGCAAGGCAUAUGAGGUGUUCAGGGAGAUGCCUGAAAGAAAUGUGGUGUCUUGGAGUACUAUGAUUUCCGGUUUGGCUAUGAAUGGGCAUGGAAGAGAAGCUAUUGAAGCAUUCAGAGAAAUGCUGGGAAUGGGUGUUCCCCCUGAUGAACAGACAUUUACGGGGGUUCUUUCUGCAUGCAGUCACAGUGGUUUGGUGGAUGAAGGUAUGAUGUUUUUUGAUUGUAUGAGCAAAGAAUUUGGGAUAGUACCAAACAUCCAUCACUAUGGGUGCAUGGUUGACCUCUUGGGUCGUGCUGGUUUGUUAGAUCAUGCUUACCAGCUUGUCAUUUCAAUGGGAUUCAAGCCAGAUCCAACAAUAUGGAGAACUUUACUUGGGGCUUGUAGAAUUCAUGGACACGUUGCCCUUGGAGAGCGUGUGAUUGAACAUUUGAUUGAACUCAAGGCUCAAGAAGCAGGGGACUAUGUCUUGUUGUUGAAUAUGUAUUCUUCAGAUAGGAACUGGGAGAAGGUGAUGGAAGUGAGGAGCUUAAUGAAAGAGAAAGGAAUACAAACAACGCCUGGUUGUAGUACGAUUGAAAUGAAAGGAAAAUUACAUGAGUUUGCCGUGGAUGAUAUAUCACAUCCACGGAUGGGAGAGAUUUAUGAGAUGCUUGAUGAGAUCAAUAAGCAAUUGAAGAUUGCGGGUUAUGUUGCAGAAAUAUCAUCUGAAUUGCAUAACCUGGAUGCAGAAGAAAAGGCAAACAGGCUCUCUUAUCACAGUGAGAAGUUGGCUAUUGCUUUUGGAGUUCUUGCAACUCCCCCUGGUACAAUAAUCAAAGUGGCCAAGAAUCUACGUACUUGUGUUGAUUGCCACAAUUUUGCAAAGUUUCUUUCUGGGGUUUACAACCGAAAAGUAAUUAUCAGAGAUCGCAUCCGGUUCCAUCAUUUCCAUGAGGGAUGCUGCUCUUGCAAUGACUAUUGGUAAGGGUAGUUUAGUUACUAUUACUAGGAUGCUUAUGCAAAAAGCAUAUGGCAAAGAGGCAAAGACCACCAACUGUAUUUAGAAAUAUGAGAGGUUGGGCUCAAAAGUGUGUAGUGAGAUUAGUUUCAUCCAAGAGAAGAGUGAUGCACAAACUUGCUUCAUGUUGAAACUACAGGCAAGCAAAUGAACCACAAAGCAGGAAAAUUUUGAUGACUUAUUGGAAGCAGGACGGUAGAAGUGACAAGAAAAAUUGUUGUAAUAAGAAUAAAGAAAACAAACAAAUGCUUGAAGAGGAACCGUGAGUGUUGUAAGGUUUGUUUUGGCAAGCUAGAUAUAUACCGAAAAUCAUAUGGAUGGUCCUCCUUUUGACAGCAUCGCGGAUAUGGCAUAACUGGCAGAGGUGAAAGAUGAUAUUUACCGCAGACUAGUUUUCAAGGAAAACCUUUUCAAAGUUGAAAAGGAUCCAGAAGGAGCAUUGAGAUGGAUCCCAUGUGGUCUUGCAGUCAUUUAAAAUUGUUCGAACACAUCGGCGAAAUAAGAGUCUAUAUCUGAAGUUUGUUAUGGUGUAUCUGUCAUAAGGCCAAUAAGCAGCUAGUCUUCCAGUACAUCGCAAGGUAAAACAGUACAUGUUACUGCCCCCAAGGACUGCUCUGUUGGUAAGACUUACUUGAGGUUAAACUUACAUUUAGCGGAGAGAGGGCAUAUCUUAAUUGGGGUUAAACUUUAGUAUUGAGGAGAGGGGGAGUUCUUUCUAUGUGCUAGUUGAAUGUCAAAAGCAUCUCAAAUUCUAUUGUAUUAAAAAAGAAAAAGGAAAAAAGAGCUGUUGCUAUUUUAAUACAAGGACAAUAUUCCCUCAA